CUUCUGUCGUCAUCAGGACGGGCGGCCGCCGGAGGAAGUCAGAAAGCUGCUAUGGCGAGUCCUGUUGCCGCCUCUGUGAGGCCGCCCAGGCCCAAGAAGGAGCCGCAGACGCUCGUCAUCCCCAAGAAUGCAGCCGAGGAGCAGAAGCUCAAGCUGGAGCGGCUCAUGAAGAACCCGGACAAAGCAGUUCCAAUUCCAGACAAGAUGAGCGAAUGGGCUCCUCGGCCUCCUCCAGAAUUUGUCCGAGAUGUCAUGGGUUCCAGUGCGGGAGCCGGCAGUGGAGAGUUCCACGUGUAUAGGCACCUCCGGCGGAGAGAGUACCAGCGGCAGGACUACAUGGAUGCCAUGGCUGAGAAGCAAAAACUGGAUGCAGAGUUUCAGAAGAGACUGGAAAAGAAUAAAAUUGUGGCAGAGGAGCAGACCGCAAAGCGCCGGAAAAAGCGCCAGAAGUUAAAAGAGAAGAAGUUACUGGCAAAGAAGAUGAAGCGUGAACAGAAGAAACAGAAGGAAGAACCAAAUCAGAGCCAAGAACAGCAUGCCAGCAGUUCUGAGGAGACAUCUGGGACAGAGGAGGAGGAAGAGGAGUCCAGUGUCAUCCUGGGGCGAUGAGGACGUGAGCCCAGCUCAUUUUUUGACCAACCUGAGGCCCAGCUGCCAGACUGACUCCUGUAUCCCUGCUUGCCUAGGGAACAGAGGGACCGUCCCCUAGACAUUUGCAGAUUGCCAACUGUGUCCUGCCUUACUGCUCUUGCCAAAGGGGAAUGCCUCACCCUCCCCCAGUGCCUGUUCCCUUUUGCUUGAACAGUGAUGACCUCUGGGCUAGUUUCUGUGAUGGGAGUAUUUAUCUAGUAAAGAGCAGAAAACCUA